CUCAGCCUUGAGUCGUGCUUGGCUGUGGCCCUCCUGAGUGCGCCCUGGGAAGGCAACGAUGAUCACAUUCAUGAACAACUCAGACAGCGAGGAGGAGCCCUGCAAUGAGAGAACAUCCCUGAUGUCUGCAGAAAGCCCUCCAGUACCCUCCUACCAGGAUGGCCUGCAAGCCUCGGAAGCAGGGGAAGCACAGGGACACAGGAAGAGGCGAACAGGUAGCAGCCGUAGCCCUAACAAUAUUGCUGAUGGGGAAGUGUCUGACUCGGCUGUUCCAGUGAGAGAAAGAGCCCUGGAAAAUGAAGAGGAGGAGCUGACUCUGAAAUAUGGAGCAAAGCAUGUAAUCAUGCUCUUUGUGCCUGUCACCCUUUGUAUGAUUGUUGUCGUCGCCACCAUAAAGUCAGUGCGCUUCUAUACGGAGAAAAACGGGCAGCUGAUCUACACCCCUUUCAGUGAGGAUACCCCGUCUGUGGGCCAGCGUCUCUUGAACUCGGUAUUGAACACCAUCAUAAUGAUCAGCGUCAUCGUUGUAAUGACUGUGUUCCUAGUUGUGCUCUAUAAAUAUCGCUGCUACAAGUUCAUCCACGGCUGGCUGAUCCUGUCGUCUUUGAUGCUGCUCUUCCUCUUUACCUACAUAUAUCUUGGUGAAGUGUUGAAGACAUACAAUGUGGCCAUGGAUUACCCUACUCUGUUCUUGGUCAUCUGGAAUUUUGGAGCUGUUGGAAUGAUUUGCAUCCACUGGAAAGGCCCCUUGCAGCUCCAGCAAGCGUAUCUCAUUAUGAUCAGUGCUCUGAUGGCACUGGUUUUCAUUAAAUACCUACCUGAGUGGUCAGCAUGGGUGAUUCUAGGUGCAAUCUCCAUCUAUGAUCUGAUGGCUGUUCUCUGUCCCAAGGGGCCGCUGAGAAUGCUGGUAGAAACUGCACAGGAGAGAAAUGAGCCCAUUUUUCCUGCAUUAAUAUAUUCCUCUGCCAUGAUGUGGACAGUUGCGAUGGCAAAGUCAGACACAGCAGCGAGAGGACCAAGUCAGCAGACAUGGGAUGCAGAAGAUGGGAGAGAGAACCACAGGACCACUUCACAUGCAGACUCUCAGAUGUCGGAGACGAGGAGUCCUGUUCCAACCCGCCCCAUCACUUCUUUCGAGGAGCUCGAGGAGGAGGAAAGGGGUGUGAAGCUGGGCCUUGGAGACUUCAUAUUUUACAGUGUGCUUGUUGGGAAAGCAGCUGCCACAGCUAGUGGAGACUGGAAUACUACGCUGGCCUGCUUUGUAGCCAUUCUUAUAGGUUUAUGCUUAACUCUUUUAUUACUGGCUGUUUUUAAGAAAGCACUGCCUGCUCUUCCCAUCUCCAUCACCUUUGGGUUGGUCUUUUACUUCUCGACAGACAACCUCGUGCGACCGUUCAUGGACACCCUGGCCUCCCACCAGCUGUACAUUUAGAAGAAGUGGGAGU